UUUGAGCAGGGCGGUUGGUUCCUACUGCAGUUGGAUUAAAACCGUUAGAACCUUCACGAUCGUAACUCGUGUGGAAUAAGAUAAAUUCUGUGCAAUUUUGUGACUCCCAUCUGUUAUAGGCGAUAUGGCUGGACCGUUUAUCUCGCCACUUCCGGGGGAUUUGCUGACCGAGUAUAUGUUCGGAAGGCGCCGUCAGCGUAGGAAUAGAACCACUUUCACACCGCAACAGUUGCAGGAGUUGGAGGCACUGUUUCAGAAAACGCACUACCCGGAUGUGUUCCUGCGGGAGGAAGUGGCCCUAAGGAUUAGCCUCAGUGAGGCGCGAGUGCAGGUAUGGUUUCAAAACCGUCGGGCAAAAUGGCGCAAACAGGCGCGUCUGCAACUACUUCAGGAUGCUUGGAGAAUGCGUUGUCUAGGGAUCAGCUCGCCUCAGCUAGUUCCAGACCCUCAAAACAUCACUGGACCAAUGGACAAUAACAAUCAACAGGGCAAGAAAUCCGACGAUUCGCCAUCAGCCAAAGAGCCAGAAUUCACCCUGAUGCAUCCCGCUUUUCAAGGUUCAAACAGCGCCACGCCCACUGGCAACAACAAUAACAACAAUAACAACAACAACAACCAUCCCCCAUCUUCAUCACUUCCGGAUGCCACCGACAAACGCCAAAAUCCACCAACUACGGCAUCCUUCAGCGCACCAAACAUUUCCGGUAGCUACCCCGCGCUUCCGACGGACCUUUCGAUGGCCGAUCGCGAGUAUCAGCGCAUGAGAAGGGAGGCUGCCCUGGCGGCGGACGAUUCCGGAAGUGAUCUCUCGGAUGGGUCGGAGGAAAUCGAUCUGACCACCAACGGGGGUUGUAUCGAUUAUUCUAGCAAAGCUCACUAAAAAUGGAACUGAUGGGUUGAAGUGUGUAAAUAUUUACUUAUAACUACUGUUUGAUCGCGAUCUUAGUCGGUAGUGGCAAAAUCUAGUCAGAGUUUGUGUUUUCAGGAUUUCUAAUUUAUUCAUCUGUCGCAGAAUAAAAUAAAUUUAGGAUUAUUAACAUAAUUGUAUGUUAAAUUGAGAAACAAUGAACAAGAUUGUGGCGUCACUUUCUGGAAUCUGUAGAUAGCUGAACAUUUGGGACAAAAAACAGAAAAAGUUUCAACCAAUAUGGUUUUUCAAUUUUUUUAGUUUCAAUGGCUUACACUAAUGCAAUUAACCUUUCCCUUCAGCGAGGUGUAAAAUAGUGGUCGAGGCAGAGUUUUAUAGUCGAGUUUAAGGUAGGUUUCAUCAUCCAUGAUAACACAACCCAAUUUUUUGAUCAGAAGUUUGUUUGCUUUUUGCUGCUUCUGCUUCCGAUGGGUCUGAAGUCCAAUUCUCUCUUUGGCACGCACAACGUUAGUCGAUGAGGUACCUACUUAGUUUCUUAGCCACAUUCCGAAGAAGAUCAAUCCCUGUAAGUUUCAUUGUGAUCAGCGAAAAAAAAACUGAAAAGUGAACGAGUUCAAUGUACAUAUGGGUCAUUCCUUGUAAAGGGUGCCCUGCGAAAAAAAAAAUCUGAUCCGAUAUUUGCCACCCUUGGUCGGGUACAACUCGCUAUGGUCUAUUAUACAGGUCGUCAAAUUUAGAGAGAGACUUGCCAAUUCCAUGUCUCUUCACCCUCUCUCCAUUUUUGUAAAUUUUUGGAAAGGUAUCUGUUCCGGAUCGUCCCAACAAUAACAAAAAACUUCUAGUGGACUGUAUAAUAGAACUAGUUGGGCCGACCGGGGAACACUUCAAUCACUAGCACUUAACUUAGUGCAACAGUUCACCUUCACUUUGGUUGCUAUUUCGGCUACCCAAUUGUGUCUCAGUCCGUAACUGUGAUAUUGAUCACCUGUGACAUGUAUUUCUUCCGAUAUUUAAAACACACGACCGAUUUUGGGGAAGUUUAACUUUAUUCCCAACUGAACUUUGAUUCCGAGCCGACGGGGGUAAAUUAAUAAGACCGAUGUGUACCGUGCGGAGUUUUCUGCGAACUGAUUUUAUUGGUAAAGUUAACAUCGCAAAUGCAUGAACAAGAUCAAACGAUCGGGUCGCGAGAGAGUGAGUUCUCAAGAGAGAACUCACUAUUUAGUUCAGUCGCUGGGGUGGCCCUUUGGUUUAUGGCAUCUAGUAAUUUACGUUCCACAACAUGCCGGCCCCCUUGAAACCAAACGGGUUUCAACAUAAAUUGAUACAAAUUCAUUCAUAAAUCUACAAAUUAAUGCACCAAUACCUUAAACACUAACGUUAUAUAAACCAAAAUUCAAAUCAUAAAAAUUAAUUAAACAUUUCCAAUGCACAAUUUGACAAACAGUUUGUUCGUGUAUGCUACGCAGACGACAAUAUAAACCUAUAGCAGUUUUCGUCUCUCUGGGGGACUGGAUGGCAACUCUGUUUGCUAAGCGUGCGUCUUUUCCAAGUGUAGAAUUAAAUCGUGUAUUAUUGAUUUAAAAUAUAGUGUUCAAUAAAAAAAACUAGUUUACAAGGCAGAAAACAGUGCCUGGAGUUAAUUGUGACUGAAAGUUUUUUUACAAAACAUCGUGACUAGUCAGAAAUUGGUGUCUUAAUUAUCGCUACUAGAAGAAUUUCAUUCGUUCCAUUUCCAUCUGUUCCGUAAAUGAAGAAAAUGGAUUCGUGUUGCCAAACGAAAAAGUUGUGGAAAGUAUAAGUAACGGUAACGAGAGAAAUUUAGUGAGCACCCUGUUGAGUUAUGGAACGCAAGGAAAGCGUUCCGUAACGCUUUCGUCUGUCAAAUCAGGAGAUGCGUGAAAAAAAACAUACAAUGAGAAAAGAAAGAUGGGAAGAACCAGGAAAAAAAGAUAAGUACAAAUUUCUCUUACUUGAAUUCACUCUAAUCUCUAUUAUACCUAAUUAUUUCGUGGUCUGAUUACAAGUUCUCUGGAGCUCUAUACGGAUUAGGUAGAUGGUGUAUCGGAAUUUUCAACGACACAAAGCUAAUAGACAUAGGAAGAUUGUAUUUUAGAUUCGUGUGUUAAAGGGUUUGAUAGAAAUGGAUGUAAUAACAUCGCGCACUUUGAUGUGUAUAAGGUUCCGGUCAAGCGGCGGGUUGCGGGUCUGUCAAGCUGUCAGGAAGGGUUUAGGAACAUCUAGAGAUACUCGAAUAACAUUGUGGGUGGUGGGUGAAUCGUUUUGGCACUAAUGAUGCGCUAUUCGGCUAAUAUGUACUGUACCAGGGAUUGACAACUUUUUAUUCAAAAACCAAAAAUCUCAAUUAUCAUUGAAAUAACAAAACCAUAUUAGCAGACUGUUCGAGUUCGAAUAUAAUAGUAAUAGUGUCGAAUAUUAAAGAGUUAUUGAAAGUUUGGAUCGGAGCAUUAAAUUAAGAUCUGUAACUUAAUCAAAUUCUGAUAUUCUAGAUUUAUUCUAGUUCUAAAUUUAAGAUU